UCCUUAUGUAGCAACCUUUCACUUUGGCUAGGACUCAGACCACCCAAAGCUUCCGAGGUGGUCCCAGACAGUUAAAGCAAGGCCAAAGAUGGGUCUUCAGAUUCUGAGACUAAAAUCUCCACGUUAUAAUUCUCUGCCUCAUGAAAUAAUGAUUGCUUCAAUAGCAGGUAUACGAUCUUAAUUAGUCUAAUCAGAGUAAAACUAAGUUUUGCUCUAUGACUGGGAAUGGGAAUCUUUUGUGGGGCGGAAAAUGAAAGCAGGUGACCAUAGUUGUAGGUGGAAUAAAUCUUGUGAACCUAAGGGAAGGUGGCUUUAGGAGUAAGCCUGCUUUAAACAAAACUAGCAUGUUUGUGUACUUAUUAAAUACUUUGGUAAAUUAUGAGAAGCUGGAACUAAAUUAUGACUUUACAUAAUGCGUUCCACCCCAAUAUUUUACUUCAUUUUCUCCCAGUUCACAGUUCACUGCUGUUAAGGAAAUCUACAGAGAUGCCUUCUUGUACUAUAAUAACUAUUUGUGUUCCAUCUUACAGUUUAUCCAAUUUCAUAUCCUCUGAGAAGACUCUCAAAGUGACUCAUGUAUACUUUCCCUUUGCAUUACAACCGAAAGAAGGCCAAGUAAUGAUGCAAUCUUCUUUCAGGUUUUCAGUCCUCUCAGAAAUACUACAAACUUCUGGGGGCCAGGAAUCACAUCUUGUUUUUAAAACAAUACUAACAACAUCAGAAACUGUAAAGAGUAUAAAACAAUUCUUAUGGAAGAUAGAAUAUAUUUUUAAUCACUACACACAAUGAGUAAAACAACAUUUGUUUCUAAAGGGACAUUUGUAUUAGUGGAAUUUAGGUAGCUUUCAUCUAACUGAAAACCUGUGGAGACGCAUGGUGGCGCUGCAGGAUAACAUCGCGCCGGGGGAAAAGAAACUGAAUUGGAUGAUGUUCUGGACCCUGUUACCCAGUGCGCACAGAGCGUUGGGAAGACAAAAAGAACACACCUUCAAAGGGCGAACUACAAGCUAUUCAACGGGGUUAAAAUCCUUAGGCCUCCGAAGAUUCGACGGACAUUAUCAGAGGCACAUUUCCCAGAACUGCGAAGGGUAGCUGAAGCGAUUCUGCAGGAAGCUUUCAGGAAAGGAGCUAUGGAGAACGGAAGAGCAGACACUCUGCAGAUAAGGCAAGUCCUGCUUCUCUUUGUUUUGCUAGGAAUAUCUCAGGCGGGUUCCGAGUCUGGGCGCUUUUCUGUGGCAGAGGAAAUGCAGAGUGGGAGCUUUGUAGGCAACUUGGCAAAGGACCUGGGAGUAGAAGUGGGUGAGCUGUUCUCAAGGGGGGCUCAGGUGGUCUCUAAUGAUAACAAAAACCGUUUGCAGCUGGACAAAAACACCGGGGAUUUGCUCUUAAGCGAAUCGCUAGACCGGGAGGAGCUCUGUGGCUCCACUGAGCCUUGUGUGCUGCAUUUCCAGGUAUUAAUGAAAAACCCUUUGCAGUUUUUACGCAUUGAGCUCCAGGUCACGGACAUAAAUGACCACUCUCCCAUAUUCUUAGAAAAAGAAAUGCUCCUAGAAAUCCCAGAGAAUAGUCCUGUUGGUGCUGUGUUCUUACUAGAAAGUGCGAAGGAUUUAGAUGUAGGAAUCAAUGCUCUGAAGAACUACAUGAUAAGCCCCAACUCUAAUUUCCACAUUAAAAUGCGAGUCAAUCCGGACAAUAGGAAAUACCCAGAGUUGGUUCUGGACAAGGCACUGGAUUAUGAAGAGCAGUCGGAGCUCAGUUUCAUCCUUACUGCUCUGGAUGGUGGGUCUCCACCUAGAUCUGGGACUGCAACUGUCCGGGUGGUGGUUGUGGACAUUAAUGACAACUCCCCCGAGUUUGAGCAACCAUUUUAUGAGGUGAAGAUUCCAGAGAAUAGCAUAUUAGGCUCACUCAUUGUCACCGUCUCAGCUUGGGAUUUAGACUCAGGAAAAAAUGGAGAAAUAUCAUAUUCUUUCUCCCAUGCCUCAGAAGAUAUUCGCAAGACAUUUGAAAUUAAUCAAAAGUCUGGAGAAGUCAGUUUAACAGCAUCCAUGGAUUUUGAAACAAUUGAAUCAUAUUCAGUAAUCAUUCAAGCUACAGACGGGGGAGGUCUCUUUGGAAAAUCAACAGUCAGAAUUCAGGUGAUGGAUGUGAAUGACAAUGCUCCUGAAAUAGCCAUAUCGUCAAUUACCAGUCCAAUCCCAGAAAAUUCGCCUGAGACUGUGGUUAUGGUUUUUAGCAUCCGAGACAGAGACUCUGGGGACAAUGGGAGGAUGAUUUGUUCUAUCCCAGAAGACCUCCCUUUCAUGCUAAAAUCUUCAGUUGAGAAUUAUUACACUUUGGAAACGGAGAAAAUGCUGGAUAGAGAGUGCCAGGCCGAGUACAACAUCACCAUCACCGUCACCGACUUGGGGACCCCCAGGCUGAAAACGCAGCACAACAUAACCGUGACGGUCUCCGACGUCAACGACAACGCCCCCGCCUUCAGCCAAACCACCUACACCCUGCGCGUCCGCGAGAACAACAGCCCCGCCCUGCACAUCGGCAGCGUGAGCGCCACGGACAGGGACUCGGGCGCCAACGCCCAGGUCACCUACUCGCUGCUGCCGCCCGCGGACCCGCAGCUGCCCCUGGCCUCCCUGGUGUCCAUCAACGCGGACAACGGGCAGCUGUUCGCGCUCAGGUCCCUGGAUUACGAGGCGCUGCAGGCGUUCGAGUUCGGCGUGCGCGCGGCCGACCGCGGCUCGCCCGCGCUCAGCAGCCAGGCGCGGGUGCGCGUGCUGGUGCUGGACGACAACGACAACGCGCCCUUCGUGCUGUACCCGCCGCAGAACGGCUCUGCGCCCUGCACCGAGCUGGUGCCCAGGGCGGCCGAGGCGGGCUACCUGGUGACCAAGGUGGUGGCGGUGGACGGCGACUCGGGCCAGAACGCCUGGCUGUCGUACCAGCUGCUCAAGGCCACGGAGCCCGGGCUGUUCGGCGUGUGGGCGCACAACGGCGAGGUGCGCACGGCCCGGCUGCUGAGCGAGCGCGACGCCGUCAAGCACAGGCUGGUGGUGCUGGUCAGGGACAAUGGCGAGCCGCCGCGCUCGGCCAGCGUCACGCUGCACGUGCUGCUGGUGGACGGCUUCUCGCAGCCCUACCUGCCGCUCCCGGAGGUGGCGGCGGCCGAGGCGCGGGCCGACCCGCUCACCGUCUACUUGGUCGUCGCCUUGGCGUCCGUGUCGUCGCUCUUCCUGUUCUCGGUGCUGGUGUUCGUGGCGGUGCGGCUGUGCAGGCGGAGCCGGGCGGCGUCUGCGGGUCGCUGCUCGGGGCCCGAGGGCCACUUUCCGGGCCACCUGGUGGACGUCAGCGGCGCGGGGACGCUGUCGCAGAGCUACCAGUAUGAGGUGUGUCUGCGGGGAGGAUCUGGAACCAAUGAAUUCAAGUUCUUGAAGCCGAUUAUCCCGAACCUCCCACCCCAGUGCUCUGGGAAAGAAACGGAAGAAAAUCCUACCUUCCGCAAUAGCUUUGGGUUCAAUAUAUAGUGACAUAAGUAGCUUUUAUAUUCCACAUAUGACACUUUUUGUUGCCCCUUCCAAAUCAGUGCUAUUUCCCCUAGUUUGUGUGUAUUUUAUUUCAACGUUUAUUUAUUUUUGGGACAG